AUCCCCUUCAUGACGGACAUCCGUCAGUUGCUUGCGUCCUUGGAUGCGUCUGAUCUCACUUUCUCCGACCUCACGGCCUUCGUUCGGCUUGCAUGCAUGGCGAAACCAUUCAUUCACCAGUGCAUGACCGACAUCUGCCAUCCACCCACCCACCCUCCAGAAGUCGUUAUACUCCUUCUUGCUGGCGCACUUGGCCAAGACCGACCCACUAUCCUUGCAUGCUGGGUAGCAUUGCAUCAGGUUAUUUGGACUCAUGGUACAGUACUCCCAACUGACAAGGAGAUUGAGGCUUUUAAUUGUCAUGGACUUAUGCGUGGUAUUGGAUAUCACGACUUGUAUCCGCCGACACGUGUAUGCCAGAGUCCUGAGUGCACGAACUACCGUGAUGGCGAUGAAGUAGCCACUCUCAUGGAUGUCAAUAAAUUUCGGGCUAGCCUCUUUACGCUACGAGAUGGCUCCCUCCCGGUCCAUUCGGUAUCAACAUAUUGUCGUCAAUGCCACACCAGAUACUACCCCAACUAUUGGAUUCACAAUGCCGACUCAACACGCAUGUACUAUGCUGGUGUUCCCGGCGUCAUUCAAGCCGCAAGGCAUUUCUAUAUUGAAGCUGCGCUGUUGGAAUUAUUUGCAGCAACAAAAGUCUUCGGAUGGAUGUCUAGUAUGAACUGCGCUCGUGUGUACAACUACGCACUUGCUCAACGGCACGCCUACAUGUUGAACAAUAGGCGUGCUUUUGACGCUACACUUUCGCAAGCUUUCGAUGAGGAAUUUUCAUGGCAGUAUACCCUUCGAAUGUGCGACACUGACGUCCUGAACGAGCAUAACAGUUGCCUCGUUCUUCCCCACGAUGAGCAACAACAGACCCGAAUUGACAUUGCGCUGAGUGAGCGCAACAAAGAAAUGGAAGGUAUUGGGCAGGAAGCAUACCCGCAUGCCUGUGACUUAUGCUUCAUCGUCAUUGGUGACGACCCAAAAACAAAGAUCCAAGCAGCUGUUUGUGAUGGUAAUACUAUCAGGCACCCUUGUUGCGCAGUGCACGACUGCAAAGUCCCGCUUAUGACCAACCGUCAUCGCUUCUGUCCAGACCAUCAAGACUUGAACCAGCGGUGCGCGGUCGAUGGCUGUGAUGAGCUCCAUACCACUGGAUCUCGAACAUGCGGCAAUGUGGACCACCAGGCUCUUGAAGACACCUACUUCAAGCCUGCAAAAGCUCUCUUCCAGCUGCGAGCGCGGCUCAAGAGGGCUGGCAUUACAUUGCCCUUGGACUCUGUUCCUUCAGCCUCUGAUAGUGGUGGUAGUAACUCUAACAGCGCAGACAAAGAUCUCGAGCUUAUCAUGCGGCCUUGUGGGGUGAUAUUAGUGUGGGCUACAUUUUUUGGGUCCGAGGCUGUCUCCGCUGUUAAUGAAUUUGCAAAGACGGUAUUCCCUACUGCCGCAUCAACACCUGAAUUUUUCGUCUUCGACAACAACUGCAAGCUCCGCGCUCACCAAGAUGCUAUUGGUGAUGACCACUUCGCCGCAACAGGGAUGCCUGUGGACAUGUUUCACUUCAACUCGAAACACAAGGAAACUGACACCUACUGUCAGCAGCACUGCAACCCUGCUGCUUUCCCAGAGCUCAUUUCUGGUGGCAAGUGGCAAUUCAAUACCUCGAUUUGCGAACAGACAAAUGUAUGGCUAGGUGGGUAUCAGGCAAUCCUGCGGGACAUGUCUGUACACCGGUAUAACUUUUACCUUGAUGAAAUGAUCAAACGCCGGAACCGCUAUGUUAUCUCAGAGUCAGAGAGACGAGGACAUUCUCCUUGGACGAUUUCUAUGGAUGCUCUGUUUGGCAGUGACUAG